AUUUUACUGUGAUUACUGUGACACGUACCUCACCCAUGACUCGCCCUCCGUGAGAAAAACCCACUGCAGUGGCCGAAAACACAAAGAGAAUGUGAAGGACUACUAUCAAAAAUGGAUGGAAGAGCAAGCUCAGAGCCUGAUUGACAAAACAACGGCUGCAUUCCAGCAAGGGAAAAUCCCACCUACACCAUUCUCGGCACCACCUCCCGCAGGAGCCAUGAUACCACCUCCUCCCAGCAUCCCUGGCCCCCCGCGGCCUGGCAUGAUGCCGGCCCCUCACAUGGGUGGACCGCCGAUGAUGCCGAUGAUGGGCCCGCCCCCGCCAGGAAUGAUGCCCGUUGGACCCGCUCCGGGGAUGCGGCCGCCCAUGGGAGGACACAUGCCGAUGAUGCCGGGGCCCCCGAUGAUGAGACCGCCCUCCAGACCCAUGAUGGUGCCAACCAGGCCCGGAAUGACCCGUCCAGACAGAUAAAGGUGGAAGUGGAGCUACCUUCUCUUUUUCAUAUUACGAUCUUCCGUACGAUAAAAUACCAUAGACCUAUGUCCCUAGGGUUUUGUAUUAAAACAGUGUGUAGAGGAAAUCUGCUGUUACUUCAGGUUGCAGACGGUUUGACCUAGAUGCACACUGGACUUAUGCUUUUGUACUGGUCUGGAGUUUGUUUGUUUGUUUUUUUCCCCCCCAUUGA